AUGACCUACCUGUCAAGUUCUCCGUACCAAAGAGUACCAUCAACACCACAAGUCAGCACUAGAACCAAUCUUUUCAGCUCACCAUCAUUUCGGGUACCACAGAUCCAAAAUUUGUAUUCAUCACCUGUCCCUGAUCGCACUGUGGUGGUCGACGUUAGAGAUGGACUCCAAUCAUCCCCAAUAAACCCAUUUCAGUUCUUAUCCCAAGAUGAUAGUGGUUUGAUUUCAGAGGGUGCUGCAGUAGGAGAUGGAGUGGAACAGAUUGUACCAGCAACUCCGAAUAGAACCACUGAUUAUGCUUCUGGAAGUCAAAUCCAAGUGCCGUUUACUAUCGAUCCCUGGACUUCAGAGACGCCACAAAUGUACCCCUUUAGGUUUCAAAGCCAAAUGUUUUCACAGACUUCAGUUGAUCUAUCGCAAGAUGAGAUAUCGAUUGAAAAUUCGCGAGUUACCGAAACAACGACAGAUUCCAGGCUUAUCAUACGACGCACACCUUCUAGUCAGCGAAGAAUCUCGAAUGCCUCACGUGUUUCCAGCCCCCGCUCGGGGCCUAGAACUCGAACUUUUUCAAGGCCCAUAUUACCCAAUAUGCAUAGAACACCACAACAUGUGGAAGACCCCCAGCCUAAUGACUCUUUGAGAGCACCAGAAGUUUUCAGUGAUGUACUGCAUACACCAAUCAGACCAUCGGGAAGUAUUCUGAGAACAAACUUGAGACGAACUCCAAGGCGAUUAUCAAAUGAUCCGGUGAUCCAUCCAGACUCGCGAAUAGAACCACCUGAGCAAGCGCGGGAGCAAGUGUCCCUGGAAUCUCCAAAACGUCUGAAUGUUCAGUUGCAAAGACACGCUAAACCUCUUUUAGAUCGUGUUUCAAGAUCUAGUUCAUCCAGAAAUUCCUCUGUGGGCUCUGAAUUAGAUAUUUUUUGUACGGAUAAUAUAUUUGGCUAG